AUGGACUCAGAAUAUAGUGAAUCAGAAUACGAUCCGAAUGAUGAGCGUUGGGAUGAUUGGGAGGAAGAGGAGGGAGAUCAUCAAGAUCUUAAAUGUUUAUUUUGUGAUGAAUUAUUCCCUUUGGCGAACGACUUGUUUAGCCAUUGUUUGUAUCAUCAUGGAUUUGAUUUUCAAAAAAUUCGUACAGAAUUGAAACUCGAUUUUUAUCAAUGUAUUCGUUUGAUAAAUUAUAUUCGUCAUCAGGUUUUGAACGAUUCCGAAUUCAAAAAUUUUCAAGAGAUUCUCGACAAUGAUGUUUACCUUAAGCCAACACUUGAAGGAGAUCCUUUAUUAUAUGCUUUUGAUGAUGUAGAAAAUGAUGAUGAUUUUGAUAAAGAUGUGGGUUCGCAAAGUCAAGAUCAAAAGGGAAUUGACAUCGAUCCUACUACUCCUUUAGAGCAUGAACUUUUAAAAAAACUUCGCCUUUCAGAGGAACGACAUUUUUACACCGAAGUAAGGCUUAAAACCAUUGAAUCACAAUUCAAUGAAUAUCGUAGUAUGGUCAAAGAAUCCUUCUUUGACGUUUAUUCCGAUGUAGUAAGCGAACGAUCAACAAAAUCUUUAAAGGUUUCAAGCAGUUAUGAAGAUAGGACAAAUUAUUAUUUUAACUCUUAUGCAAAAAACGAUAUUCACGAAGAAAUGCUAAAAGACCGAAUUCGCACUGAGAGUUACCGCGACUUUAUUUAUGAAAAUAAAGACAUCUUCAAAAACAAGAUUGUAUUGGAUGUUGGAUGCGGUACUGGUAUAUUAUCAAUGUUCGCAGCAAAAGCGGGCGCGUCCAAAGUUCUCUCCGUGGAUAAGUCGGAUAUAAUAGAAAGAACUAAAGAAAUUGUAAAAGAAAAUCAAUUGGAUAAUAUAAUUACAUUAAUUAAUGGAAAGGUCGAAGAGGUAAAUCUUCCUGUGCAAAAAGUAGAUAUAAUAAUUUCCGAGUGGAUGGGAUAUUUCUUAUUUUUUGAGGCUAUGUUGGACUCGGUGAUUGCUGCGCGUGAUAAAUGGCUGGCACCAGGCGGCAUUCUUGCGCCCAGUCAUUGUCGUCUUUUAUUAACAGCAAUUGAAGAUGAAGAAUUAUUCAAUGACACUUUUAAUUUUUGGAACGAUGUCUACGGGUUUAAAAUGACGGCCAUGAAAUCUCCUAUACAAACUUCGGUCAUAGUAGAAUAUGUGAAACCGCAGGCUAUAAUUACAAAUGUCGUACCCGUUAAGGAUGUGCCCCUACAUACAAUCCAUAAAUUCCGGUUAGAUUUCACCUCACCAUUUACCUUGGUAUCCACUCGAAAUGGUUAUAUUCACGGGUUCUUGGGAUAUUUUGAUACGUGGUUUACACGUGACGAUCGUGAAAUUCCAUCAUCUCAGAAUAUUGAUGAUAAAAUUGAUGGGGUUUUAGGUUUUACCACGGGUCCAAAGGGUGAAGUUACUCACUGGAGACAAACCAUUUUCCUCUUGGAGCAAAGCAUAAAAGUUGAACAAGGAACAAUAAUUAAUGGCACAAUGGAUUGCAAAAAAAGUAUAGAUAACCCGCGUGAUCUUGAUUUCGAAAUUCGUUAUCAAGUAGUGAAUCAAAAAGAGGAAGAUCCCAAACAACGUAUACAAAAGUUUUAUUUGCGAUAA